AUGAAGGACUGGCGUCGCUCCCCCGAGCCGGCGGGCAUGAUGGGUCUCAAAGAGACGUCCUACGCGGUGCACGGAGCCUGGGGCCCUCCGUCGGACGACUUUGACCCUGCUGCACCUCUCCCAUCCCGCGCCCCUUCUUUCAUCUCUGCGCCCCUUCCGCACCUCUCUGCCACCCGCUCUCUCUACAGCAUGGCCCUCCGUGUCAUCCUUCGCAACAUCUCGUCCGUGCAAGACCUCGGAGUCCUCCCCUACCGUCACGCCAAACCCAUCCUAGAAGAAUGUCGGAUCGACCAACUCAUCCUACUCGAAGAAAACUCUCCCCACCUCCUCGAACACACCGAAGAGAUUUGGAAACGCAACGCUUUGCGGGAUUUUAUCGACCUGCGACGGCGCUACACCACGGAGGUGAAGGAGCCCAAGAGCUGGCGCAAGUUGUAUUUUCGAACCAAAGGCGAGACGGAACAGGCCAAAGUGGAUGCAGCCAAACGGAUCAAGGACAAGUACGAACAGCAUCGGGCGGAGAAGGAUGCCAAGAAACUGGUUGUCAGUGAUCGGUCGUUGCAUAAGACGGGGAAGGGGACAAGGAGGGUUGGCGCACCGAUGCCAGGGACGGGAGGGAUGAGUAAGGGGCAGACUUUGCUCAAUAAGGCCAGAAGUGGCAGUGCCGCACAGGCAAAGCUGACGGGGCGGCCGACGAACGCGUUUAGGGUCCAGGGAAGGAGUAAGGCGGUCGGCGUGGAAAUCGCACCGGAGGCAGCGGGGGUGGUGGUGAAGCAAACGGUGAGGCCGAUGGUUGCGCCGAGGAAGGUGUUGGGUGGCGCGAGUGAGGGACUGGCCCAGAUGCGGGAGUUUUCGCGGCCCAUGCCAGGGAGCGAGGACUCGACGGGCGAUAACGGAUCAGCUUCGACAUCCGUCUCGCGGAGGGUGGACAGCUCGCGAUGGCCAGACACGGUUGGUGUGCGAGACGGCGAAGCCACCGGAUUGCCGCGUCUCAAACCGCGAGAUGUGGCAGCUGCACCCUCUCUUACGUCGGCGUCAAUAGCUGCUCGGGACACGGAUCGAUCAAACGGUGUUGGAUCGUCAUCACCAUCAGCAAGCAGCUUCGGCCGAAAGGAAGCAUCAUCCCCACCACCCGACAUCGCCAGAACGGAACGACGCAAAGUGGACUUCUUCGGAAGCGGAGCCAAAGUCUCACCCUCCCCAUCGACCGGCGGCACAAGCAGCAGCCUGCUCGGCAAAGCAUCCUCGUCGGCAUCAAGCAGCGCCUCGGGCGUCGAGGUGAGGGGCAUGAAACGGGCUCACAGCAACGGUAGCAGAAGCGUGGAUGGGGCAUCUUCGUCGUCGCGGUCCAACGGCGCGAGUAGCAGCUCCAAACCCGCCACUUCUCCGCCGAACAGCUCGCCAACUGCAACCUCGUUCUUCCAGAGCAAGGCGGGCAGCGGCGGCGUACGAGUGGUGUCAGCCAAACGGGCACGCACGCAGGAGCGAGCAAGCUCACCGCCAUCGGCACCCUCACCGUCCUCUUCCGCAUCAGCGCCAACCAUCAACAGGAGCAGUGGGCACACGGGUGGACCUCAGAAGGCUACGUCGUCGGUGGCUCAGAAUGGCAUCGCCGCGAUGUCGAGACCGACACCCAUCAGACAUUCAAGCAGUAAUGUGUCGACGCAAGACGCUCGCACAGUGCGAGCCUCGCCGGCGGCCUUGUCGUCCAUCUUCAUGCCUUCGUCCUCGCCCACCUCUGCGUCGCGGCGAUCCAACGGAGGCGCAGUCCGGCGAUAG